AUGACGGAUAUCGUCGAAAAGCCCGUCCAGCGUCGUUCCGAGGCGUCGAGCACGACUCGAGCCAACGACGUCCCUGUCGUUGACUUCGCUGACUGCGAUCAAUGCACUCAGUACCCCAAUCGAUGGUCAGGGAUCAGGGAGCACAUCACUGCACCUGCAGCCGAGUUCAUGGGUGCCUUCAUUCUAUGCUUGUUUGGGUGUGGUGGCAAUUGCCAAACGAAUCUAUCCGCCAAUAAAAAUGUGUCUGCCAGCCCUCAGGGGGUGAUGCUUGUUCAAAGGACUGCUCUCUCGUCCAACAUCUGUUGGGCCCUUGGACUCUCCCUUGGCGUAUGGAUCUCUGCAAACUACUCAGGCGGUCAUGUGAAUCCUGCAGUCACCAUAGCGUCUGCUACUGUCCGCGGGUUCCCCUGGAAGAAAGUUCCCAUCUACAUCCUGGCACAAGUUCUGGGAGCCUUGUGUGGAGCAGGUGUAGUCUACGCGACCUACUACCAUGCAAUCAACAUCGUCGAAGGGGGUUCCAAUAUUCGUACAAUUGCAGCAACUGGUGACCUCUUUGGAACCUACGCAGCCGAUUACCUCACUUCAGUUUCCGCCUUCUUCGCUGAAUUUAUAGGGGCUGCUAUGCUCCUCACUGGAAUUUUCAUGGCCACAGAUAAAAAAAAUGGCCCUUUGCCUUCCGGUGUCCUUCCUCUUGCAAUAUUUUUUACAGUCCUUGCCAUCAGUUCAUCUCUCGGCAUGGAUACUGGAGCCGCCCUUAAUCCCGCUCGUGACCUGGGCCCCCGUAUCCUCACCGCCAUGGUCGGAUAUGGUCGCGAAGUCUUCACUUUCAGGAACCAGUAUUGGCUCUGGUGCCCUAUCCUUGGCCCGAUUUUUGGCAUGAUUAUGGCUGCGUUGUUUUACGAUGCCAUGCUGUACAAGGGCCCCGAGAGUAUUUUCAAUAAGCCGACGGAAGAGGCUGAAAGGCAUCACUUGCGCUCAUGCGCUCAACGAACCAACGGGCUUCGUGGGGUUGCAGACUCAGUUUGA